CCUCUUCUUUUCACCUGUUUGAUCGCCGGUGCUGCUUUAGCUACUACUGCAAGUGCCAGGUUCUUCUUUGACAUCUCAAAAUCAAACUACUUGACGAGAUUUUCUGUUUUUCACCGGAGAGAUCUUUCAUUUCACAGCAUUUUUGACUAUUUUGGCCAUCUGGGUCUUGAGCAGAAAUCCAUGGCUUCCGUUGCAGGGCAUGUUUGAAUAGAUAGCUUUAUUUUGCCUUCAUUGGUCUUUCUUUAGUUUCUUCUAGAAUGCCCGUUUCUACACGUUCGCAGGUCUUCAGCACCGAAGAUGACUCGACUGCAACAACCCAGCGAGUACGAUCCAGGACCCUUCAAGAAGAUCCACAACUUGCUCCAUCUCCACUGAGAAACCCACAUCACAGGUUGAAGGAGAAGAUGAAAGCUCUUACACUUUUGUACGAGCAGCAGAAAGCGGCUGCUGCUUCACAGAAGACCCAUUCUGCGAGAACCGAAGACAAGCGUUUCUUGACCCAAGCAAGCGUCGAACUCUCUGGUUCUGGUAAAGGAGAAGACGAUAAAGAGCAGAAAGAAAAGAAACCUUGUUCGGCAAUGAGAGAGAACAUAUUACUACCCAAUUCCAUCGUCACAAGGACCUUCGUGUUGCCACCGCCGAAUGUCUCCAACAUCUCUGAAGAUUCCAAGGAGAAUAUGGUGAUGGGUGGUACUGAUCGGAUUGUAGGGUUUACUUGCCCUAGGAAAGAGACGGAUUCGACUACUAAAGUGGUGAGAAAGCUUUCCAUGGGAGCUUUGGGUCCUCAAUCGGAACCGAGAGACCUUGGAGGGACUAAAACUGUGCCAGAAUUGGAGACCAUUUCGGAGAAAUCUGGGGUUGGUAGCCGUAUUCUUGUUUUUGUUAGGCUUAGGCCCAUGGCCAAGAAAGAGAAAGAAGCUGGGUCACGGUGCUGUGUUCGGAUUGUUAACCAGAGGGAUAUUUAUCUCACGGAAUUCGCAUCGGAGAUGGAUUACCUCCGGUUGAAGAGACUCAGGGGACGCCAUUUUACCUUUGAUGCUUCAUUCCCAGAUUCUACCACCCAACAAGGAGUUUACUCUACAACGACAGCUGAGCUUGUUGAAGCAGUGCUACAAGGGAGGAACGGGUCAGUGUUCUGCUAUGGAGCCACAGGAGCUGGAAAGACUUACACUAUGCUUGGGACAGUUGAGAACCCAGGGGUGAUGGUUUUGGCAAUUAAGGACCUUUUUGCUAAGAUUCGUCAAAGGAGUUGUGAUGGUAACCAUGUGGUUCAACUUUCUUACCUUGAGGUCUAUAAUGAAACAGUCAGGGAUCUGCUCUCCCCUGGAAGGCCUUUGGUUCUCAGGGAAGAUAAGCAGGGGAUUGUGGCAGCAGGACUCACUCAAUACCGAGCCUACUCAACAGAUGAGGUAAUGGCAUUGCUCCAACGUGGAAACCAAAACCGAACCACUGAACCAACUCGAGUGAACGAGACUUCUUCUCGUUCUCAUGCUAUCCUGCAGGUCAUGGUUGAAUACAGAGUGAAAGAUGCUGCCAUGAACGUUGUCAACAGAGUGGGAAAGCUUUCGUUGAUUGAUCUUGCUGGAUCAGAGAGAGCCCUUGCAACUGAUCAGAGAACACUGAGGUCACUUGAGGGUGCAAACAUAAAUCGUUCUCUUCUUGCACUUAGCAGCUGCAUCAAUGCCCUUGUUGAAGGCAAGAAACACAUCCCUUAUCGUAAUUCUAAGCUUACCCAACUCCUCAAGGACUCUUUAGGGGGAUCAUGCAACACUGUCAUGAUUGCCAAUAUAAGCCCAAGCAAUCUUUCAUUUGGUGAGACACAGAACACCCUUCACUGGGCUGAUCGUGCCAAGGAGAUUCGAACAAAGGCAUGUCAAGCAAACGAAGAGCCACUUCAAGUACCAGAAUCUGAGACUGAUCAGGCCAAGCUUAUACUUCAAUUACAGAAAGAGAAUCGUGAGCUGAGAGUACUACUGGCACGCCAACAACAGAAGCUACUAGCUGCCCAAGCACAGUCCUUGGCAGUAAAUUCCUCUCCAACUCCCUCAUCAGUCACCUCACUUCUCUCUCCUCCACCAUCUUCAGGGCAACCAAAUGAGAAACGACGACCCAGAUCCUCCAUCUUAGCAGGGAACUGCUUCAAUACCCCAGUGUCUAAAAAGAAAGGAGCUGAUGAGCCAGUCCGAGAGCUCCGGAAGACUGUGAAGGCAUUGGAGUCUGAGUUGGAGAGAAUAAAGAAGGAGCACCUGCUACAGCUAAAGCAGAAAGAUAAUUUCAUCCACGAGCUGUCACGUAAGUGCAUACAUUCACCACAUGGAACAGGAGUAGCUGGAACCAGGAGGGUAGUGACAAGGGCCAGCUUGAAACCAAAAGAAUCAAAUGAAGGUGAGUUAAAGAGCCCAAAUCACCGUUUUCUAUCGCCAGCACCAGCGGCUAAGAAACGAAGCUUCUGGGAUAUAACCACCGCCAACAGCCCAUCAGUUACAAAGUUGAACAGCAGAAAAACUAGAAGCCAUAUUGCCAGUGGACCUCCACCAGCAGCUCCUUCCAUGCUUCUCCAGCUUGCGUAUCCAUGUUUCUGCUUUCUUUUGAUGUUUGGACCGCAUGUCAUCAAUUGCGUCCUUCAGCCAGGAUUUGCUCGCCAAUUGCCCGAACCUCCAAAGCGAUAAAAGAUGGCGAAGAGGAAGAUGACCAGUGUUUUUAUUUUGUUUUCCUCCUCUUCAUGCUCUCUCUGCACAAGCUGGUGGUCUCAGAUGGGAAAGGAGACGAUUUGCUGGCUGCUCACCUUUGUAUUUGUAAUUUGUAAAUCCAAGAAGCCAAAAAGGGUGCUUAUUUAUCAUUAUUUUUGUGUAAUUGUUUCUCAUUUCAAUGCAAACUGCAAAGUGCCAUUCCAU